AUGACUGAUGGAAAAGCUUGUAAAGUGUGUAAUUUCACACGACAGACAUCUUACGGUGUGGUUGCUCCUUCGCUGGAUGAGCUGAAGAGAAAAGGUUGUGAGUUUCUUGGGUUCAGCCCCAGUGACACGGUCAUGGUGGUCCUAGAGAACGAUGGGACAAUCGUAGAGGAUCAGACCUACUUUCUGUGUUUACCCCCAAAUACAAAGUUUAUGCUCUUACACAACAAAGAGACAUGGGCUCCAUCUCGCAGGAUGGAUGGUGGCACAGCUUGGAUGGCGAGGGAUUCUGUAAUUAUGGAUGCUGAUACGGUUGAUGCCUCCAGUACGGCAGCACCAUGGUGGAAUCUGGCACUGCAGCUGAAGCAGGACCUGACCAGCAUCAUUCUCAUGUCUGAGGCUGAUCUGCAGUGUUUAGUGGACGCCCCGUGUGCUGAACUAGCCUCGGCUUUGGGCUUCCAAGAAACAAAGGCUGAGGAACUUCAGCAGACGUUGCAGAGGGUUUUGGACCGAAAAGAGGAGGAAAGGCAAUCCAAAGAGCUGCUCCAGCUGUAUCUCAAAGCUGUGGAGAAAGAGGACAAACCGCAGGAGGAACAAAGUCAGCCCAGCCAGCAAGGUGUCAGAGACGUGGAUUUACCGGACGGAAUGGAGAUGGACUCUGCCUCUGGAUUUAUGUCCAGGACACUGAUGGUCCUGAAAGGCAAAACAAAUCCUGAGACCAGGCUUUCCACAGAAGAUCUGCAGAUGGUAGUGACAAAAGGACUGGAAGCUAUGCAGCAGGUGAUGGGCUGGGACACGGCGAGGACGUCUGCACUGCUGCAGGCCUGUGAGGCUGAACUAUCCACGCGCCUCCAGCAGAUUCAGGCCAUGCAGUCCAUCAGCAGCUCACAGCUGGAUGGCAGCAAAGAGUCUAAUGCAACAAGCACCCAAGAGGCUGCUGAAACACCCACCCAAGGGAGCUCCUAGGUUGAGGCUUCACCUGAGCAGAGACUGAUAAGAAUUCACACUACCUGCCUCUGGGUCAGUAGAAUGAGAUUUGCUCUGUAUUACAGCUGGAAUAUAUCGCUGUUAAGAAUGUUUAUUUUAUUUUCAUUUAGGAAAAAGAAAUCUUGCAAAGCACUUGAUUGCUUCAUGCCUC